AUGAAUGUCAGCACAAGUGCCUUGGGUGUCAGAAGAAGAAAGGCUGCCACCCAAAAUAUAGAUGAUGAAGAAAAUGCCGCAUUAUUGAAAUUGGGCCCCGAAUUCCAACUCACGCAGAUUACAAACAGUGGAGAACAAGAACAGUUGAUUGCCCUUAACUUGUCAGAGGCCAGAUUGUUGAUAAGAGCAGCCUUAAAGGAACGUAGAAACAAAAAUGCAAAGAAGACAGAGUACGACGAAGACGACGAAAAUGAUAAAGAGGAUGAGAUUUCUAACAUGGAUUUGGCGGGCCCCAACUCCAACGAAAUCAUGCACAAGACGUUGAACUAUUUAACCAAUUUCGCCAGAUUCAAGAAUUCUUCCUCCACGGAAACUGUAGAAAAGUUGUUAAACGACUUCAGCCUUCUGGCCUCCGAGCCUUUGCAUCCUUUCGAGUUGGCCCAGUUGGGUACAUUAGAGUGUGAAGAUGCCGAGGAAGCCAAGUCGUUGAUUCCCAGUCUUAUCCACAAGGUGUCUGACGUACAGUUGCAAACUUUGCUUACCGAGCUCAGAAAGUACCAGACCUUGUCAUAG